GCAAAAGUGACCGCCCCCCUCCCGAAGGAACCUGCCUUGAAGCGCAUGUCCGCGCAAUUCCCAGACGGUCACUUAGCUCUGAAAGAUCUUGCCGAUCACCUUAUCAAAGAAUUCAGGGGAAGGGAAAGGAACGUUGAUUUCGAUGCGGUAAUCACGCUUGGGCGAACUGCACUGGAAUGUAUGCCACCAGAACACUCACAACGCCAUUAUGCCCUCAUCAAUCUCGCCGAUCUCCUAUCCGAACGGUUCAAGAAGAAGAGAACGAAAGAGGAUUUGGACGAAGUAAUCAUGAUAAGACGAGUUGUGUCGGAAUACAUGGUCCCGAACGACCCACAUAGACAAAGAAUUCUUCUCGAACUCGACGACUGCCUUCACGAACGCUUCAGGAGGGAGGACUCCAUGGCAGACCUGGAAGAGAUCAUAUCUCUUCGCCGGGCUGCAUUGGAACGUACUCCUCUGCCGGAUCGAUGCAGACCUCUUCUCGACCUCGCUAGUGCCCUUCACGAACAAUUUCAAAGACAAGGCCUAGCGAACAUCAUGAGUGAGGCUGUUAGCCUCGCGCAAGCUGCGUGGGAGCUUCACCGCCCAGGUCACCCAGAUCAUGUAUUAUCUCGAGACCUUCUCGCGAGUUAUCUCAAAACGAAGGUUAGAGCAGGGUCUGCUCCUGCUCAUGUGAAAGAACCAGGGGCUAGCUCUUCGGGCUUCAAUUCCCUUAAUAUCAAGCAAUUAAUCAAGAGGGCUGUUUCCAAAACAGUUGAAAAAAUUCCCCACCGUUUGUUGCACACGCCCACUGGCCUUUUGUGUAACCGGGAUGCGCAGGUAUCCCGUUUUGAGGGCAGCCAUCAGUACAAGCAACUGCUGUUGUCCACCUCUCCGCUCAACAGCCAGCAACUUGUAACGGAGAUCGAUGAUGUGCUCUCAGAGUUCUUUGAAUUUGCCACGCUGUCUCACAAGUGGGGGAUUCGCGAGCCGUUACUGCGCGACGUUGAAGGGAAAAAUAUCUAUGACUUAGGCGGCAUGGACGGUCUGGCGAAACUCCAGCACUUUUGCAUUCUCGCUUUGGGGCAGAAUUUCCAGUGGGCAUGGAGCGAUACUUGCUGCAUUGACAAAGAUAGCAGUGCCGAAUUGCAGGAAGCGAUUGGGUCGAUGUUUUCUUGGUACCACCAGUCAUCCCUGACAAUUGUGUACCUUUCCGAUGUCUUCGAUGCUGGUUCGCUUGCCAAUAGUGUCUGGUUCACACGAGGUUGGACACUUCAAGAGUUGUUGGCCUCACACACUGUCUUCUUCUUUACGUACGACUGGUCUCUCUACACGA